AUGGAAGAUCAAAUUGAGCUAACUGAGGGGUGCAGGCUCCCUGUACUUUUAAAGAAUGGCGAGGGCUGGCACUCUGCCGAAAUCCUCAGCAAAAAAGAGGUUGGCGGAAAGCCCCUUUACUAUGUUCAUUUUGACGACUUCAACAAACGUCUUGAUGAAUGGGUGCCCGAGGAAAGAAUGGACUUGACCAAAGUCGAAAUGGUCAAAAAGGAUGCGAAAGCACCUAAAAAAGACUCCAAGGCAGGCGAAGAAACCAGCCGACCAAGCAGUCCCGAAAGGGAAUCCUUACCCGUGACUGGCUCCUCACUAACCAGCCUGCCCCCAGUUGCAAGCCCCAUCCCGGCAACAGUCUUACAAACCCCGGCUGGCUCACCUGACACCGAAGUUGGUAUGUCUAAUGGCUUCGCUCGUCAGAAGACGCCCUCAAACGGUUCAUUACCAAAACAGAAGUCGACACCUGGGCGCAAGCGUAAAUUGACAGUGGAGGAGGAACCGUGCACACCACUAACGCCUCAAGGCGAUUCGUUGUUGGUGAGCUUGGACGGAAGUCAGCCAAAAGUACCCCGACAAACGGGUAGCAUGGUUGCUCAUCAUGAUGACUUCAUAACCCGUAUGAAGAAUAUAGAGUUAAUUGAAAUCGGCAAAUACCGAAUCGAACCUUGGUACUUUUCUCCCUAUCCGCAGGAACUUACCCAGCUGCCCAUUGUCUACAUCUGUGAGUAUUGCCUGAAAUAUGUAAAGAGUAACAAGUGUUUACAGCGUCACCUGUCCAAGUGUCUCUUGAGACACCCUCCGGGUAAUGAAAUCUACCGUAAGAACCACGUCUCGUUCUUCGAGAUCGAUGGCAGGAAAAACAAGACGUACGCCCAGCACUUGUGCUUGCUUGCCAAGCUUUUCCUCGACCACAAGACACUUUAUUACGACACGGAUCCAUUUCUUUUCUACGUCCUUUGUGAGCAGGACAGCCGUGGCUAUCACAUUGUUGGCUACUUCUCGAAGGAGAAAGAAUCGAGCGAGGAUUACAAUGUUGCUUGUAUCCUCACUCUGCCCCCUUACCAACGAAAAGGUUAUGGCAAGCUGUUGAUAGACUUUAGCUACGAACUUUCCAAAUUUGAAGGGAAGACUGGCUCUCCGGAAAAGCCUCUUUCCGAUCUUGGCCUGUUGUCCUACCGCAGCUAUUGGUCACAGACCAUCUUGGACAUCCUCAUCAAAUUGAAGCCGAACGAAGCCGGGGAGCCGCCCAGCAUCACCAUCAAUGAAAUCUCGGAAAUGACGAGCAUCAAGAAGGAAGACGUCAUCUCGACUCUGCAGCACUUAAAUCUGAUUAACUACUACAAGGGUCAGUAUAUUAUUACUUUGUCACGCGAACAGCUGGAGUCACACUACCGUGCUAUGGAAAAGCGGAAAACUUUCAUUGACUCUAAAUGCUUACAUUGGCAGCCGAAAGACUGGAGUAAACGAGGGAAAUGGUAA